AUGCUAGCACGAAACCUCACUGCUGCGUUUUCCGAACAGCUCCGCGCUGUCAUGAAUAACAAUAAUCCUGCUCCACAACAAGUAUUGGAUGAUAUGGCAGAUCAAAUAAAAAAUCUGCGGGAACGGAUCGAGCCCCCUAACGAGACACCCAAAUCCCACGAAUCUCAGGAUGGGAACUCGGAGAUGUCACGUUCCAGCAAGAGAAACAAGAGGCGACGGGAGAGACCAAGGACUCACACAAGCCUCGGCAGAAGUGAUCCUAGAGACAGAGAGUCUAAAACCGCCUCUCAAGAUGCCCGUACUUAUUUAGAAAGCAAAAAGCAUAAGGCAUCCGAAAGCAUCCAGUCACUGGUGGAUCGACGGAGGGAAGAGAGGAAGAGGGCGCAGCUGGUAGGAUCCAGCCAUCCAGCGAGUCCUGUAACCAUGCCGCGGAACGAAGAUGAGGUCAAAAUCCUCCCUGGAGAUCCUACGCCGAUAAUCUCUCCAAUGGCUCCUGAAAUACUUAACAUUCCCAACCCGGGGAAAAUAAAAAUCCCAAAUAUGGCAGCAUUUGACGGAACGUCAUGCCCUGAAGAACACUUGAUGGCGUACAAGAACCUGAUGGUGCUGCACACUACCAAUCCUUCCUUGUGGUGUAAAUUCUUCCCAACUACUCUUACGGGAGCAGCCUUGACGUGGUACACCCCCCUUCCACAAGGAAGUAUCCACAAUUUUGCCCAACUUGAAGGCAAAUUUCUGGGCCACUUUAUAGCCUCAAGAAGGCAGGAGAAAUCAAACUUCCACCUACUAAGUGUCACUCAAUUAGAAGGAGAAUCCAUAUCCUCCUAUCUGAAGAAAUUCCAUGAGGCGGUGCUAGAGGUGACGGAUUUAGAGGAAUUAGUCGCCUUAAACGCCCUUAUCAAUGGAAUGAAGGCUCAAAGGCUCAAGUUCCAGUUGGUGGAAAGCCAGGCACAUGACCCCAAGAGGCGGAAGUCUGACAAGAAAGACGCCGCAACCCCCCACCAAUCCUCGAGGAACAGAGAAGAGCACCAGCCGAGGAGGGAAAGAAAUCACACGCCGCGUCGUCCCGCGCCCCCUUCAGAUAUGGGACCCCCGCGUUCCCAUCACAUUUAUACCGCGGCAGGGGAAUCCAGAACACGCAAUUUGUUAGACGGAGGAAACGACCCGAUGUUUAAUCGAAAUAGAAGGGAUAUUUUCUUGUCCGUUCGCGACAAGUUGCCAACUCCACCUCCCACUACCAUUCCUUCCAACAGGCGCAAUUACAAUUUGUGGUGUGACUACCACAAAGAGCACGGCCAUACCCUCGCCCAAUGUCGCGAACUCAAGCGUAUCUUGUAUCAACUGGCCGAUGAAGGAAAGCUUUCCAGGUUCCUCAACAAGAGGGACUAUGACACGGGAGAAGGAGCAAACAGAAGGCAGUGGAAUCAAAGACGCGGAUCCCCCAAGAGGGAAGAGGCAAGGCGCGAAGGUUCCCAUACGCAAGGGACCAUCAACAUGAUUUUUGGAGGAUACACCGAGGAAUAUCCUACCGUCCACGCUGCAAAAGACAGUGUUCAUACUCUGCUGAAAAGACCAACAACGACCGUAACCAGCGGGCCGGUCAUGAAGUUUGAUGCCACGACCUCUCAAACGCUGCAACAGCCCCAUACUGACCCUCUGGUGGUCACCCUCAAAAUCGGACAGAUGAAAGUCAAAAGCUUCGAGGAAAAGCACUUGCAGCCCCUCGAUAAGCCGCUGAUCGGGUUUGGGGGAAGUCAGGUCAUUCCGCUAGGAACGAUCAUUCUCCCCGUGCGCGUGGGAGAAAGAAGUGAAAGCAGGACCCUGCCCAUACGUUUCACGGUAGUGGAUCUCACUUUCCCUUACAACGCCAUCAUGGGACUUCCCCUCAUUAACAAGAUCAAAGCUGCAAUCUUCCCUCAUCAACUCUUGUUGCAAUUCGAACGGGACGAUGGGAAAGUUGGCAUCCUCAAGGGAGAUCAGAUAACGGCACGCCAAUGCCUUAUAAACACUCUGAAGCGCGGACACUCCGCAACACCCGCCAAAAGGGAAAGGGAAGAUCAAGACGCUCCCGCUGUCAUGAGCGUAUAUAUGGAAAACCCUAGCACACACGAAGGGUCUCGCCCCAUAAAAAGAUACGAGGCAGUAGACAUGUUCGAGGGAAAGCAACUAAAGAUAGGGAAAGAUCUUCCUGGUACGAUUAAAAAAGAAAUCGUGGCCACCAUUGCUGAGUUCCGUGACGUCUUCGCCUUCAGCACGGAAGAAAUGUCUGGCAUCCCUACUAGCGUCAUGUGUCAUAAACUUGACAUAAGACCAGGCCACAAACCAGUAAAGCAGAAGCUGCGGCAUCAAGGAAAAGAGCGGACCGAGGCCGCCAAAGAGGAAGUUGAAAAAUUAUUGAGAGCCGGAUUCAUUAGAGAAUGCAAAUACUCCGAUUGGCUAUCCAAUGUCGUCCUUGUGAAGAAACCAAAUGGCAAAUGA